AUGCCAAUUCCAACUCCUCAAACCCGCUCUGAAGAGCAGAAGCAAGCAGAGCUGGCAGACCGUACCGGCAACACUUGUACCACCGGCCAAUCUGACCUUACUUCCCGUGAUGAACUCGAGGGAAGUGUGCGGCACUUUGACCCGAAAUCGUGGGAAACUCCAAGCUCGGAGCAGGGUGAGCGCCCACUCAGCAAGGAAGAAGUUGAUCAUCUUUACGAGGAACGUAUGGAAGACGAGUACGCCAAGCGAGAGGGCGGCGCCUGA